UCCCAUCAUCCAUUAAGGGACUAAUAAAUGACGCCUUUGAAUGAUGCCUCCCCACAUAUCAUUUCUCUCAUACUCUGACACACACACACGCACACAGUGAAAGUGAAGUGUGAUUUAACUAUGGCGUCUCCUACAGCAAGACUCACAUUCCGCAUAUUGCUGGCGGCAGCGAUGUUCCUCAUACUAUUCUACAUAGGCCGUCCCCUCUACUGGAAAAUUUCCGCCACCAUUCACGACAUCCGCCACAACAAGCAGACCGUAUCUCAAGGGAUUUCGCAAAUUAUGCAAGAAGCUCAGAGAUCAAUGGGGUGGUUCUAUGAUGAAUCGGAUUCAGGGUUAAGGGAGGAGAAGAAGUCUACUUCAGCUAGGAGGUUUCUUUUGGGUCAGAUUUAAGGACAGGCAGGGCGGUAGUAUUUUCAGCUUCAAUAAAUAUUUCGGUCAAGCAUGUGCAAUUCGAUAAGAUUUCAGGAUUUCACCUUUGGAGACUGUAAUCUGAUGCAAUAACAAAAGAGUGUUUUGCCCUGAAAUUGUUCAAACCUGUGUGAAUUUCAAAAAAUGCCCAAUGUCCAUGUGCGAAUCCUCGGAUGGCCCAAACUGAUGAAACUUACGCAGAAGCUUCAAUCCAGUGAUUUGAUCUUGUCACUUUAGUUCUUUAUAUUAGCAGAUAGAUGCAGCCCAUCUAUCUCUUAUGCAACAUCUAUUUUAUGGUGAUAGCUAGAGAUGGCAACCGGGCGAGUCCAGUCCGGGCGGAUUCUCCAAAGCCUGGGACCUUCCAAGACCCGAUUAAGACUUCAAAGUCGGGACAGAUGUAGACCCAUUGCUACCCCUAGGUCAGUGUUAGCAGUCCAAACAAUCAAUUCUUACCUAACAAGAUACUAAUGAGCAAUCUCACAACCAGGACA